AUGCUCAAGAAGGUAUUAACUUUCAAACUCUUACAGGCCCUCAUAAGCAUAAAUGAAGACCCAACUUAUGAAGGUUUCUGCACACAGCUCCGGACAUUGGACAACUGUCUUACCAAGCUCAAGAGUAUACAGAACAGUGGCAGAAGAUAUUAUACACCUGCACUGACAAAUAACCCAGCCACUUAUACACCCGCACCGAAGAACAAUGAUGCAGAUGUCAUGGACUGGAUAGAUUCAAAUGCCUAUGCACAAGCAAGAGUUUCCGCUGUUUGAACAGGCUUUCGAGUCCCUGGGAUCACUCCCGAAGAA